AUGAAUUUCAUCCAACAAAAACCACCUCACAACGCCAAAAAUCCCGUGAAGAGAAACACGAGAAAUGUCCCUGAAAUCAGUGAACAGCCGAAAGCCGGCACGAGUCGAGGAAUGCUGGAAAACUUCUUCUCCGAGACAGGAUCAGGAUUCCUCAGACCACCGCCGGCAGCAGAGGCCAAGAAGCCACAUGGCAAGACAUCAAGAAAUCCCGGAAGUGGUCAAACAGCAGGAAAUAGCAGUGCUUCUGUCGAACCUCACGUAAUUCUGGUCAUCACGGAGGGCAGAAACAACGCCCGGGGAGAAGUGGGAAUCGCUGCCAUUGACAUCAACUCCCCAACGCUGAUUCUAUCGCAGCUGAGCGAUGAUAUGUGGUACACAGGAACAGUUAUCAAGAUCCAAAUGCUGGAUCCCGUUGAGAUAAUCGUGCCGAACACAGUUCUAACCGAGGAUCGCCUCGUGAAGGACUCCAAGCUCCUGAAGAUCAUCUUCAAGGCCUUCCCCAGCGUGAAGAUAAAGCCAGCAAUGAGGAAGUUCUUCAACGACGUCGAGGCUCUGGAGAGCAUCAAUGAGCUCUGCUCCUCGCACUGUCAGAGCGUCAAAUUGGCCCUGGAAGGGAAGUAUUACGCUCUGGCGGCGGCCGGAGGACUUUUCCGCUAUCUCAGGACAGUGCUGUGUGUCGUCUUUGCGCCGAAGAGCCUCCAGAUUAUCUACGAGGCCAAAUACGGCUCAAUGAUGAUCGACGUCGAGACGUCGAAGAGACUGGAAUUGGUGGCUUCGUUGAUGCCGAGAAAGAGCAAAAACAGUUGUCUCUAUCAACUCCUGGACAAAUGUGUCACAAACAUCGGCAAGAGAUCACUCAGAGCGCGCAUCUUGGCGCCCUUCUGUGACGUCAAGCACAUCCAGGAGUAUCAGGAGACCGUGCAGGAGCUCAUUGAGAAUCAACCACUGCUCGAGACACUGCGACAAGUGCUGAAGAAGUUCAAGAGUGUGGACAAAAUGCAGAAACUCUGCGUUGUUGUCUCCCAAACGGACGCCAUUCGAGCGGCUGAGUUGAUGAUAAGUCACAUAAUCACAUUCAAAUCCUGCCUCGAAGCCAUUCCUCAGCUCAAUGACAUCCUGUCGUCGCUGGUGCACAAGAAUUUCGACGUGAUGCGUCAGGGUUUGGAGGACACGCGCUACAGCAGCAUCUUGGCGGAGAUCAACAAGCACAUUGUCAGUGAUAUUCAGCACGAACGUGGCCAGAAGCAGUUCUUCCAGCGCAUUCACGCCGUCAAGGAGGGCAGCAAUGUCUUCCUGGACAUCUCCCGGCGUCUCUACUAUUGUCUGCUGGAGAAGCUGAAGACGUACGUGAAAUCUCUGAGUCAAACACACGAAAUGUCCCUCGAAUUGACUCACAACACCAUCAGAGGCUAUCAUGUGAUCCUGACUUUCGACACCAAGAAACCUCCGCCCAACAUUCCGACGGACUUUGACAUCAUUUCUCGACGUGGUGGGAAAAUUCUGCUACGAAAUGACGAAAUUGCGAGUUUGGACAGAAGAAUUCGCGAUGUUAUCAAUGAAAUUCUCAUCAUCAGCAAUCAAGUGAUUGAUAAUAUGCUCGUGGAGAUUCGCAAGGACAUCGAGUGCUUCUAUAUGCUGACAGCGGUGAUUCUGGAGAUUGAUCUCAUUCAGAAUUUCGCCACUUUGGCCACCCUCGAUGGCUACACAUGUCCAUCAUUUGGCCCUGAACUCAAGAUCACGGACGGCAUUCAUCCAUUCCUCGAGUUUGGCUACAAUCACGUCUCACCCGUGCCCAAUAACGUGUGCGCCACGUCGGAUUACAACUUCUUCAUGAUCACCGGACCGAAUAUGGGCGGCAAGACGGUGUACAUUAAGACAGUGGCAAUGCUGCAAAUUAUGGCACAGAUUGGGGCCUUUGUUCCCGCCACACAAGCCACUUUUCGCAUCUGCGACAAACUCUUCUCCCGCAUGGGCUUCGAAGACACCGUUCAGCGCGGCGUGUCGAAUUUCGAUCACGAAGUGCGCCAGACAAACUACAUCUUGAGGAACAUCACGCCGAACAGCGUCGUGAUUGUGGACGAAUUGGGACGCAGCACGAAUCCACGUGAGGGCAAAAUCUGGGCGUGGGGAAUGUGCGAAGAACUGGCGGGCUUGAAGGGAUUCAGCAACGAUGGGAGAUACUUUGAGCGUGACACAGAAAGUGUCAUAAAUCCCGAUCAGGCGGCGAAGGAUGUGAAGAAGCUGCAGAAUAUCACAUCUCCCUUCAUCUUUCUCACCACACACUUCAAGGAGCUGACAAAACUGCCCGAUUAUCACUUCAACAUGGUCAAUCUCUAUCUCGAGGCCACGGAGAAUGUCCAGGAGAAUGGUCAAGUUGUCCUGGAUUACACGCACAAAGUGAAACUCGGUGUGACGCCGCUGAAAGCCUACGGAUUGUCCUUGGCCAGACAGAUUUCAUUCCCCAAACACGUCAUUCCGCGGGCAGAGGAAUUGUACAAGAAGCUGGAAAGUGUCAGCGAGAGAGCAGAAUUUGAAGACAAUCCUGAGAAGCCUGGUUGUAAAGACACUCUGGAGAAUGAGAGGAAACUUUAUGAUCUCUAUGCUAAUCUUGCAAGUAUUCUCCGAUCAACUUCAGAGUCAUCAGAGGAUUUUGUGCGACAAGAAGUGGAUAAGAUUCUGAAGAAGUUCAUCGAAACGGCAGAUCCUCAAUUUCUCAUGAAUGUGAGGACAAAAUCUGCUCCUGACGUUCUCAAUACAUCCUUCUCCACCGUCAGUGAUGAGAAUCUUCCACGUAAAUCCAAAGUUGCCCUCAAUCUUGAGUCAAUUCGUGAGGAUUUAACGAAUGACAGAAAUCUUAACAACAUCACAAGUGUCUUUAGAUCGAUAAUAAACACUCCAGUGGAGCAAAUCCGGGAGAUUUCCAACGUCAGCAGUUCAUCAGUCACUUCAUCACCGCCCAAGAUAUUGCCGGAAGAGAGAGAAAUUGUCCCGCCUAAAGUGCAGAAGAAAUCUCCGUCGAUUAACUUCAAUCUAAGAACACCUUUCAAGCCAAAAUCCAUGGAAAAUUCAUCAAAUCAAGCAGCCAAGGAGGUUGAUUUCUUCAACACGACCAAGAAGACAUCCUCAGAUGACUUCUUCUGCACACCAGGUCCAUCUCGCGAUGGAAGAACUACUAAAGACAGCAGUGAAAUUGUGAAUAUCCUGACUGAAGAUGAUGAUGAAGAGAUCCAGAGUGAAUAUGAGAUGGUUUUGUCAUCGCAAAUCGUCCUGACGCAGGACAAUAGUGAGGAAUUCUUCAACUCAAGCACUUCCAGAUUCAAAUUGGAUGAAUCUCCAGAUCAUGACAGUGAAGAUUUCUUCAAGAAACCGCCAAGUAAGACUUCAAGUGAUCCGUGGAAGAGGAAUUUCAGUGAUAACAAGGCAAGUGAUAAGGAAGAUUCAAUGAGUUCAAUCAGCAAAAUAACUCCCGUGAGCUUCAUGGAACGCUAUCGCGAGAGUGUGAUCAGAAGAAUGAGUGAAUCGUCGUCCAUUCAGCCCAUUAAACCGGACAAAUCCAAGUGUCACAUGAAGCCCAGCAUCACACACAUUCCCGAGGUGAAGCAGCUAAUGAUUCGACAGCAAAUGCAGGACGCCAUGUCCAGGAGCAGUGGCGGAAGUGAUGAGAAAUCAGGUCAGGAUGUGAGUGCGGAAAGCACAGCGACCCAAAUGAGUGUCUUAAGCGGGAGGAACAAUUGGUUUCCGGACGUUGGAACUCUCCAGGAGACGCAAUCUUCAGGAUCAGUGUCAGCAGAAGCAGAGGAAAGGCCCAGGAAGAGGGAACGCCUCGUGUUGGAUUUGGCUAAACUCUAUGAACUAGAAGACAGUGUCAAGAAGUAA